AUAGGCAUAGCAUCUUUGGAACUUCAAUUUACAUUAACUCAGAUGCUUAAUUAACAAUUAGAGGUGUGAGUUUAAUUCAACAAAAUGGUAAUGCAAUUCCAUUUCAAAUAUACCAAUGUGAUAAGUAAAAUUGGCCUUCUCAUCUGUGCUAAUCUAACCACUAUCCACUCUUUGCAUCUUAAUAGAAACAGAAAUUUUAUUUAUGUCUAUUUAGAAAUAUCCUUACAAUGUACCAGGCUUUAUGGGCUAAACUUAUUAAAGAUCUUUAUGAAAUUGUAAUUCAGUGACUUUUAUGUGGAUGGUUUUAGUAUGAUAUUUUUCAAAGGUACCAUAAAAUAUAAGUAUGUAAACUACAGAUGUAGAAGGUUUAUUUAGUUCAGAAAUUUAUUAGUGUUUUUAUACUGUAUAUAUUACUGUACUGCUACAUAUUUGCAGUCAUAUUAACAUUAGGCAAUUUUCUAUCCUGAGUUAUCAGAAAAAGGAAUUACGAAAUGUAAUGCUAGCCUUAGGGAAGCAAACUUUUUCCAAAACUCCUAUCUGCUAAUAUCACCUGCCAAUGAUUUAUUAGUGUUUAUAGUUUCUGCUAACAUUUUGUAGCAUUCAUUUUUAUCCAUUAUAGUCUGGGUACCUGGUAGAAGCCUGCAGCCAAUUACUAUUACUUUGUAGCUCCUGCCUUUACUCACCAAAUAGCUAUUUCCUUUUUUAUUCCUUUUAUUUAUUCCUGUAAGGUAGUAAAUGUUGGCUGUUGUAAAACUGCAAUCUCAUUGGAAAAGGCUCACACAAAUAAAUUCACGGCUGAGAUUAGGACUUUAAAAUGUUAAUGUCUUUGUCUUUCUUUGUGCUAACAUAUAUUUUUUGUACUGAUGCUUAAAGAGAACCCUUUUAACUUUUUAAUUACCCAAAGAGGUGUUAGGACAGGAAGGCAGCAUUUCUGAACAGUCUGUGGGAUCAUGGGUUUUUAGGUACUACCUCAUUUAGGAAUUCUUAGAGCAUCUCCUAACAAAAAUACAUCCAUAGUUUGAGUAAAAUGAAAGUGAACAAAAUUCUUAGGUGCCUACAAGGCUCUUAAGGUUCUUUACCAGCAAUGUGAACAGCUGCAAUGUUUAUUUGACUUUGGGUCUGUGGUCCUUUCUGACUUAGUCCUCUGUUCCUUGCUGAAAAGAGAUCACUGAGCUCAACUUGCAGCUCUGUUACAAAAUUCCAGUGUCAUAUUUUACUCUCUCUUAACCUUUCUUGCUGACUUUUUCCAUGGUUACAGGUGGGAGGUGUCCUUCAUGUCCAAUUUUGUAUAUUCCUGGGAUCUGACUGACCUCUCCUCCCUGAUUCUGAUAAAGCCCAGUAAGGACAAUGCAAAUGUUAUUUUGUUCUACAGUUAGUCCGGGAAUGGAGCAUAGCAUAAAAGUGUAGCAGGAAAGUUUUGUGCCCUAUCUCUUUGGGUUAACUGUCCUUUCUCACAUAGUCUUUAGUCUCACGGAAAAGCUAAUUUGGGAUUCUUCUCAAUCAAAUCUCACUUCUAGGUCACAGCUCUGAAAUUAUUCAAUUUCACCUGAUUGAUCUCAUUUUAGCAAAAACCUAAAGUAAUUGCUCUGCUUGAAAUAAAAUUAAGACUCACAAUUGUUUUUACACAGGAAGCUUUUCCAAAUUUUUUAAUAUCUUUCACACUCAGAAAUGUGCUCUCAUUGUCUCCUGAACUCUGCCUAGGCAUAUCUCACAUGUGUGCAUGGAAGUAGCUGAACUGUGUUUCCUUCCAAUUAAUAUUAAAGAGGAUACCUUUCUGUUCAACUAUUGGAUAUGUGCCAAGUAUUUUCAAAUGUCCAUUAUUUCACAAGCCAUAUUAUAAUCAGAAUUAAGGUAUUAUGAAGAAGACUUUUGAUGAUAGUAUUACUUCUAAUACUUAAUGCUUAGAAUUAAUAGAAUUAGUCAUUACGUUAUUGGAUUUGAAUACAUUGAUCCUGGAUUCUAUUAAGCAAUGUGUCCUAUAUGCACUAGAUGAUUCAUUUGCCUGUUUUUAAAAAAUGUAUAAGCCAUACUGAGUGCAGAUUUGCAUUUAUUAUGUUGUGUAACUAAUUCUAGUUUUACUGAAGGAAAAUCACCAGCUUAAUUUCAGAUAUUCCAAAACUCUUAGAAUUAUAUUGCUGUUGUUUAGAAUUAUUUAUUACAUAAGCCAGUCUUUGUAGGGAUUCUUUACACAGGUCUAACUGACACCACAGUAUGAUUGUCCUGCAAAAAAUUUCUGAAACUGCUCACUUUAUGUGACCUUUAGUUCUGAAUAUAGUUAGGCUGGAAUUGUUUUUUAUAUUGUCAGCAUUAGAGAUGUUCUUAAUUAUAGAGAUAUAAUUGAGCUGUUACAAGUUUGUGUCCCAGUAAGCCUCAACAUGUUUGCAUUGUACCCUUCUCAGUGAUUGAUCUUUGUGUUGGGAUGAGUUCAUAUCUAACAGAAAUUUACAGGAAAAGAAGUACCCUUUUUGAAUCCCAUUAUAGUUUUAAAAAUCAAGACAAAACUUGAUGGUUUGUUAUGUUUGCUCUGACCACGUACGUCCCCUUGCUGCAGUUUACAGUCACUAACAGAAGUAUUUCUGCACAAGUGCCUUGAAAAAACAAAAUCCUGAGUUUGUACUUGAUUCUAAUUUUUUUUUUUUUUUUUUUUUUUUUUUUUUUUUUUUUUUUUUUUUUUUUUUUUUUUGAGUAGCAAGUGGAAAGAAGCAGCUUUAUUCCAAAAAAAACCCAAACUUGAGUUUGAUGCUGAAACAUUGAGGAAGAUCUUUGCUUUUCAGCUCAGCAUGUAAUCCAGCUAUAAGUUAUCAUAAGGGUUGUGAGAGGUUGCUGUGGAAUGGCACAAAGUUGAAAUUGGAAGGGGAAUUGGAUGGAGAAUUAGAAGCCCUGGAGUUUUUAUUCCAGGUUGGACUAUAAACCUGCUAUAUGACCUUGAGCAGAUCAGAUUAACCUGACUUUCCAAAGCAUUUGCACUCCUGAACUGGAUCUAUACAAUAGUCAGUUGUAAUUUCCUGUGAGGUGAGAAUGGUGCCUUAAUAAGGUGCAGGUGGUUCAUUAACAGAGAGUGCUGCAGAAUUCUCCAAUGAAAAGCAUUACAGGCAGUGUAAUACAGGAAGUAUUAUUAGGAAAUAAUAAUGUUAUAAAUUAGUAAUAAUAAUAUAUUUAGUUUUAACAUAUGGUUUUGUACUUUACCCCAAAGCAAGAUAAGUCAUAAGAUGUUUAGAAGAUUUUUCAGAGUGGAGUGCAGCAGUUAAGGGUUUUUAGUACAUUUCUGUAAUAUUAAAAUGAUUUUUCAGCCAGCAUAGCAGUUCUCAAGCCUAUUCUAUGGUUUUAAAAAAAUAAAACAAACAGCAGCCCAAGGUAUUAUUUACCUAAUUAGUCCUUUCUGCAAGGAAUGAAUUUAUUUCUGAACUACAUUUCUGCUUAAUAAGUAUCAUAUCUGUUGAUGUUCUUUAUGUUACUAAACAGCUCCAACACUACCAAACAAUAGGGAAAAUCGUAAUAAGGCAUUUUAAUUUUGAUCAUGUGUCAUGGGGUUAGUUUCAUAAGAAUACUUUCAAAUUCUUCAUUGGUGCAGUGCACCAAUGUAAAAUAUAUUGUUUUCAUUAUAAAAAGCAGUUAAUAUCUUCUAAACAUGAAAUUGCAUAAAGGCAUAAAAGCAACAACACAAAAAUUAUUCAAAUAACAUUCCAAUUAUAUAUGAUAAGUCUUUGUUAAAACCUUUACAUUUAUGUAGCGAUUAUAAUGUAACCACAGGAUCUAACAUCUUAGACCUGCACUGAAAUCAAUCAAAUAUCUUGAGCCAAAGCUGAAAUGUUGUUCUGAUAGAAGUACUCCCAAAGGCAAUUUUGAUCUAUUUAGGAUCCAGAUUUACAGUGAAUUUUGAAUUUGAUUUUUUUUCUGUACUAAUUCCUGGGCAAGGUUUUUUCAUAGCAAUGAUUCUAAAAAUUUUUUAAAACAACUAAUUAAUUUGAAAAAUUAAUUCUUUAAUAACUAUUUUAAAUUAUUUUUCAAACAGUACUUCAGGAUAUGCAGAAUCCCUUUUGCCACUUGCUGUCUGAAUAUAUUUUUCAGAGAACUGCUGAUUUCAGAUGGUCAAUUAAGCAGACUCUCACUCACAUCAGAAAUGAACCUGAGAAUAUUUUGGACAACCAAUCUUUCCUCAGUGAUUCAGCUUACAGUCUUCUUGGGAUUUCAGUAUUUGCACCUGAUUCUUAGGUGCUUGAAACGAGAAAACUCAGUUAGAUUGGGAUGAAAUAAUGUUAAUGUGUUUGAAUUCUUUAAACAAAAUUAAAAAGUGAAAUUGAGAACUUUUGCACUGUCACCAGAUCUAGGAAGAGCACAUCUCUCUAUACUACUGCAGAGUCCCUGUAUCAAAUACUUUCUUUUUUACUCUGGUUUUAGUUUAUUUCAGAGAAAUUCCUGGUUUUUCCCUCUUCCUUUCUAUUUUUCAAUUUAAGCUAUUAACCUACUUAGUCUCAAGAAUACUAAAUCUCAAGACAUCUAAAAAUAGUUUUCUUUCAAGUAAAAUUGCCUAAAAACCUGUCAGGAAUCAGUUCAUGAAAUGGUUUCAAUUUGGGAUAGUUCCAGAAUUUAAAUCAGAUAAUGAGCUGUAUGUCUCCACCUUGGUAUUUGUAAGUAAUCUCUUGCUUGGCAGACAUUCAGGCUGGUCUUCCCUUAGUUCAAAGAACUUGUAAUCUAGUGUAUAGGUGUGCAUGUGUAUUUAUAAUGUAUCAUGUGCUGUAUUAUCGUGAAAGACGUAAAUUGAGAAAAAUGGUAAAAUUUUUAUAAAAACAAUUCCUCAGUCUUCCUGAAGGAAUUUUAAUUUAACAAUGAAGAUUAAUAGAAUGUAAACUGACACUGGGAUUUGAGAACAGGUUAAAAGAAUGACUGACUGCUGCCUUGGCCCCCGCUCCCAAAUCCCAGCCUGCUGGCAUCACAGGUCUGGAAAGAUGCCACACUGUCAUAUGGUGCUACUUCUGAAACCAUCUUAUGCAUAGCUGUGCCUUUCCUCAGGUUGAACUGUUCAGGAACCUUGUGAAUCGUGAAAAAUUUGGCUUGAAAUGAUGAGAGCAGAGUCCCUUCUCUGAAAGCUGGCAUUCCAGGAAUCGUCUGGGGUGUGACACUUCAGAUUUUGUGCUGUGCAUCCUAGGGAGAUUUCCAAACCCAACAUUAGCUGACAUUAUUGUAAAAUGCAUUUUAGUCCCUCAGCAACACUAAACAACAUGGUUACCUUUUCCAAACCUGCCAUCCAGAGGAGUAGUAACUAUAAAUGAUUUUGGUAUAAACUUACUUAUUCUUCUCUCCUGUGAUUGCCGUAGAAAUUCUCACGUUCUUUGCUCUUGGCAGCUUCAAAUAGAACUUCUAUUUGUGUGAAGUUCCUAGUAAAAAAAUUUGUGAUCUUUAAAAUGAAACCUCCUUUCAAGUUUUCAAAGAACAGCAUUCCAUUACAAGGCCAACUCGUACUUAGACUUUUCCAGUAUUUAUUAAUUGUAUAGUCACUGCUCCUAGUUCAAACUGUGCUCUUUUUGAAGAAGCUGUUGCCCUUUAAGUCUUGCUUGGACAUAACAAGGAAUGCUCUCCCCAGAUUUCCUCACUAAAGGUCCUAGUUUAUUUUUUAAAUGGCCAUUUUAGGGAUACUAUUUGCUGUAUAACUGUGAGUUUAGUGCUCACUGAGGCUGACUGGAGUAAUUCCUUAGAUAUCCAAGAAGCUGGUGAAGGUUUCAAUAAAAUUUAGAAAAUAGAUUUAAUGAAUCUGCUGCAUUGCCUAGACUGUUAUUAUCAAAAAAUUUAAAUAUUUAAGCCUGUAAAAUAAGACUCAAAGUAAACAAAUUUUAAAUACAAAUAUUGACAGUUCCUCGGUGCCAUGACAAAUGGAAUUGGCCGUGUUUUCUAAGGGAUGAAGUACUGUGACCAAUAUAUUCACAAAAAGAGAGACAGUGAGCACUAGAGGAGGAGCUAAGGUUGUAACAUUUCUGAGACUACUUUAAAAUAUGAGCCAAAUAAUUCAAAAUUAUUCCCAAAAUGUUUAUUUUGUUUUAAAUUACUGCUACUUCACUGUACAAAAAAGCUUGUUUCUGCAUGCUACACUGAAAACAAAGCAAGAAUGUAGAUAUAUCCCAGAAAUCUUAAAAUCCUAUAAUUGCUCAGAAAUGGAGUGAAACUCAGGAGUGCUCUCAAAUGGGAAUUUGUCCUGUAGGAUUUUCGAAGUUAAAAACAGAAAAUCCAAGCACAAUGGUUCAAGUGCAGGUGUUGCUUUGAUCUGAUUUUUUUUAUGACUGUUGUGAUGGCAGAUCUGUAAGCAAUCUGUUUCAAAUAUUAUAUAAGAGAGCUACCAGGAGAUUUCAAAUGUCAGUAACACAGUUACAUAGAUGUUUUCUUUCACUUACAUCUGCCCAUGCACAUAUCUGCAAGCCUGGAGUUUUUGCAAAUUUUGAAGAUAUUUAACAUUUGUCACUGCCUAAAAUGGCCAUAUGCAAUGUGGAUUAAGUAAAAGAAGCUAUUCAGCCUCAAGCAGACUUGCUUCCCUGCAGAAACCUCUCAAAACUUUGCCUAUAUCUGUGUUUUGUUUUCUGUGUGUAAUUAAACAGGAUUAUUUUUGUAUGAUUCAUAGCUCACUAGAACCCAGAUGGUGGCACCAUCACCCAGGUCUGUUAUUUACAUGAGAAUAUACUAUUCUAGCAGGAAAUUUGAGGAAAGGUGUUGACAUUCAAAUAUUCUUUGGAAUUAUUAUCAUACAGAGUAUGGUAUUUAAAACAAGAGAAGUAUGUGGUAUGUGGAAGACAAUUAGAAAAAUCAAAGCAAGCAACUAAUGGUCAGGAGUUCAAAACAGGUAAACAAUACUAUUAGAGGAAAUAAAAGUUGUUGAAAAGUUAGUAUCCAUCAUUAGUCAGUCAUGGUAAAGAGAACAAACCCCAACACAUGGGACUUUUCUGUCCUUCUGAAAUAAAGUCAAGGGACACAAAUAACUUCCCUAUAAAUUUCCUAUUGGGAUCACAGACUAGCUUUGUGAAUCGAAUUGUGAGUUGAAUUUUUUAACUGAUGAUGAGUUUAGAAACACUGACUUGUCUUAUUUUAUUUUGCAGAUGCUUCAGAAGCUUGCUGUGUGCUUACCACGGGUUCUGCCAACCAUCUCAAGAGGGGACUCACCUAUUCUUUCAUUAAUUGAGCAAAACAUUAUCUUAAAAUAAUUAUUCCUCUCCACAUGGCCUUCCUACUUGUGUCAGCUUAUCUUCUGCUGACUCACGCUCGGGGUGUUCCUGCUGAGAAUGGGGCACUGCUGGAAACACUGAAGUCACAAGUGGGAUUAUUCAGCAAUAAGAGUGAACACUACUCAGCACAGGUGAGACCUCCUGGCACGAGCAGACAAAUACCUCAGACAAUCAUCAUAGGAGUUCGUAAAGGAGGGACCAGGGCUUUGCUGGAAAUGUUGGAUAUUCAUCCUAACAUCGUGGUGGCAGCUACAGAAGUCCACUUCUUUGACUGGGAUGAAAAUUAUGUGAAAGGAAUAGAGUGGUAUAGAAAUCUGAUGCCAUUUUCUUAUGGAAAUCAAAUUACAAUUGAGAAAACACCAGGCUAUUUUACAUCACCACAGGCCCCAGGAAGAAUUCAUGACAUGAAUAGCUCCAUUAAACUGCUGCUUAUUCUGAGAGAUCCCACUGAGAGAGUUAUAUCUGACUAUACCCAAGUAUACUACAACAGAGUAGAAAGUCACAAGCCUGUUCAACCCUUUGAAGAUAUUGUUAUUAAGAAUGGAGUGCUUAAUACCAAAUACAAAGCUAUUCAGAGAAGCCUGUAUGAUGUCCAUAUGGAAAAGUGGCUUAAGCAUUUCAGUUUGGAUCAGAUUCACAUAGUGGAUGGCAAUACUUUGAUCAAGGACCCUCUUCCAGAAUUACAAAAAGUUGAAAGGUUUCUAAAUCUUCCCUCUCGAAUUAUGGCUUCUAAUUUUUAUUUUAACCAAACCAAGGGAUUCUACUGCAUCAGAAGUGACGGGAGGGAGAGAUGUUUACACGAGUCCAAAGGGCGUCCCCAUCCUCUUGUUAACAGCACUGUUUUAGAGCAACUGUAUUCUUACUUCAGAGAGCACAAUGCAAAAUUUUACAGGAUGGUUAAUCACUCCUUUGACUGGCAUUAACACACUGGGAGUCAGUGCUUCUCAAAAAGGGCCUGAGACAAACUUUCAGACAUAUCUUUCUAAACUGUAAAGACUCAUAUUAUGAGAGUUAACAUACUGGUUAUAUGCUUCAUUGGAAUAACACAUCUGUUGACUCUUUGAAAUGGUGCUCUUUAUGUUGGGAAAAAUAACUUUUAUGUAUUUGUAUGAUUACUGAGAGUCAUAUUCUGACCUUCUUUCUUCACAUGCAAAUACAUAAACUUCAGCAGACUUAGCAAAUCUCUAGAAGAUUUCUGCUGUUUUGGAAAAAGGCAUCUAACUGUAAAAAAUGUAAAUAUUGGAAAUAGUAUUAUUCUAACUGUUCUGUAUUUUUUGUUGUUAGUAUUUUUUAUAUCCCACAUGACAGUGGUGUUGAUUUAUAGAAUUUUUCAUGAAAUAAGUUUAAAUUAUAUGUAUAAAUAGGGGCAUACAUAGUAGCUCCAAUAAAUAAAUCAUCAUCUUUAAUAUGCUGAAGUACUUAAUUAAUAAUAGAAGGAAUCUAUUUCACCUGUAAUUUUGAGUAGGUGAACUAGAAGCUACCUGUCUGUAUAACAUGAGUAUUAAACCACACUCUUACUAUCUUGGGUUUGCAAAAAAAAUCUCCAAAGAAAGAAUAUGAACUGUUUGAAGAAGGUUAAAGUAAGAGUUCUGAAUGUAAAAAAAUUAAAAUAUCACAGGAAUACUGAUACUCUAUACAAUAAAAAAGUCAAUGCCAAAAAAUUAUUAAUGAGUAAUGAGCAACUGUACAAAUAUUUGAUUGCAUAAAUUAUGUCACUUUGCUCUUGAAUGGAAAAGCUCUCAGUACUACCAUAUGAAUUAUGUUUGUACUCUGUGACUAGUUAUUCUAUUGUUCUCCUGAUUUUGGUUUAUAUAUCUCCACUGGCACAAGGAUUCUUGUUAAAAAAACCCUAUUUGCUUGCCCUCUGAAGCAUGGUGUAGUUUUAGUUUGCUAUUUCUGAUGCAGACGAUGAGAUAAUCUCACCAUUAAAAUAACCUCUUGUGUUACAUAUCUCAGACACAGUAUUCAGUAUGACAUACUCAGCUUAUAGGUAAGAAUCACAACCACUUUUAACCCUGCAUCAGGAUUUUAUUUUCUUAACAGUAUUGUGCUGAUUUCUCUGCUUUUUCAUGUAAACAUUUUAUUACAUAUCAAUACCAAAGAAGAAAAUCAACUCAAAUCAAACCCAACAGAACCCUGACAAGGGUCCUGCAUCUGUGUCCUUCUACCUAAAUCACUGCUCAGCCUAAAGGAGUGUGUGUUCCUACCGUGGGAUCCUUCCACUUUCCAGGCUAAAGGUAUGUAAUGCAGGGCUGGUUUUUAGGCUUUUAAUGCUUUAUGAGUGGGCUGCUUAGGCAGAUAGCAGUAUUCCUCUUAAGCUGCUUAGAAUCAGACUCAGAUUAUGUGUACUUGUAUAUAUAUUAUGUGUACUUGUAUACUACUUGUGUAUGUAUGUAUGAGAAAAAAUAUGCUGUUAUAUGAGACCAAAUUAUUUUCAUUAGCAUAUAUUUAAUCCCUGAAAUUACAUUUUUUAAGUAUAUUUACUACAUCCCUGAUUUCUACGGAUGGUGCAAAUUUUCUUUUACUUCAGCCACUUUUCUGAGAUUAUGCCUUCUUAAUCAUUAAUAUUGAUCAGAUGUUGGCAUUAAGAAACACAAUGUCAAAUAAGAAUCUGUGGCAAUACAAAAAUAUUGGUUUCAAAUUAUUCAAAGAGCAGAAUGUUUAUGCUUGUCUUCUACCAUCUCUACAAGGACACUGGCUAGGCAAACUGUAAUAAUUACAAUUGUGCAGUCUAACAGUACGUUCUUUGUCUUUUAUCAGGUAAAAGCUAAAGCAGAAAAUUUCUCAACUCUGAAUUAACAGUGUGAUUCUAUAUCAGAAUAACUCUUUCUAUUUUGUGGGCACAGCACUUUUGUCUGAUAAGAGAACAUCCAAAUCCAGAUUCCCAAUAUUGUCUAACAUGGCUGGUUCUUUCUGGCCAAUGCAAUCUCAGUGGUAAACAAAAUUCCUUCCAGUCCACUCAUUUCAGAAAUCAAAGGGAGCAACGUGAAUGCAGCUUAUAUCGGACAAAAAUACAUUAUUUUCUGUUCUUUAUGCAUUCUAAAAAUCUAUUUUUCCUCUUUUUUAUUUUUUUUCUUGCAAGAAGCAAAUUUGUAAACAAUAUAUACUUUAACAAAAGUUUCAGGUAGAUGCUAGUAAUUGAAAAACUCAGAUGUCUAUAUGCCACAUUAAAUUUCAUAGUCUUCCAAGAAAAAGGAAGGGAGAAAAUUCUAAUGUCUUUCUAUAUUUAUGCUUCCAGGCAUCAAGUCUUUCUUCUCUGAAGUUUACAGCUAAUCUUUAAAUGAGCUGAAUGCAGGAGCACCAGUUAGCAGAAGCUGUAUGCAUCUUUGAAAAUGCAAGUCCCUUUCUGGAAUUUACAUUUCAAGGGGAGCUGAGCUGUAUGGAUUAGUGAUGCAUAUAUCUAUUUGAUUUGUUAUCACUUCUCAUUCCUGUUCAGCAUUUUGGGGAAGAACAGAGUUGAUGGAAUGAAUUUAAUGAUUAUUUUAGGGUUUACUGAUAUCAUGAGAAGUAUAUUAAGCAUUAAUAAGUAUAUGACUAUAAUCUGGGUGAGGAGUUAGUUGGCUUGGUUUGGUUUUAUGUAAACCAAGAUUCUCAUGAGAAAUUUUGUUUUGGUAAAUGGUCAAAAACUACGAACCUUAACCUCUGCAAAACAGAGAUUAGACAGUAAUUUUACAUUGCAAACUUUCUGUUUCUCCUUUUGUGGUCUGAAAAAUACUCUUUCAUGCCAUCCUGGCCUUUUCCACUCGUACAAUUUUUAAGAAAACCCUCCUUCCCACGUGCUUAGAAAGGGAAUCAGAUCAACUUAAGAGACAAUCCACUGAGCCAUACUUGAGUAACAGUAAAAUAAAAAGUACUCAGUUUUUAACUCUUGGAAUUCAAAACUAUUCCAUUUUUUGGGAAGACUUGUAGUCUUACAAUCCAUAUGCAGAUGUUAGUAACGAGACAGUUCCCAAUUGAAGAAAUUAUGUAUAUAUAUCAUGAAUUUACACAACUGAUAGUAAGCCAGAAAUUACUUUGUCUUAACUGGUCAUCAAAGAACUUUAAUCUCAUUAUCUGAUACUCAAGUAAUGUUUGCAAAAGUAAAUUUCAUGUGGGAAGGUCACUUGAAGUCAUGCAGUUGUUUCAAAGGUUUUUGGGGGCAUCAGGAACAGAUGAUAUAAUUACAUGUGCAAGAAUACUGCAGAAUUUACAAUGGUUUGAACAGCUUUUGAUGUUGUUUUACAUUCCAGAAAUACUAAGCUUUCACUUUAAAUAUUGUUCUUUUCCUUUUUUAGUAAAAAUGACAUAGUUAUAGUUGCUUUGAUCUAAUAUUACAGAGAAUUCACCAUAUCAAGCAGCUGUAACUAGAUCAGUUUAGCCACAAUAAGCAGCACAUAUUUAAUGUCUAGAUGAGUCUAAUAUCACCUCCUUUUCCCCUCUUUUUGGACUGUAUAUAUUAUCUGUAGUAUAUAAAGGAAAUCACUGGGAAACUUAAAAGCUGGGAUUUUGCCCCCAAAACUCGCAGUAUUUAACUAAUAGGAAAGAAAAGAAGGAGUUCCUCCAUUGCACUCCAAUACAUUAUUCUACCAGAAAAGAGUUGGAUUUUUUCAUUGUAUUGUAUUAUUUUCUGUACUUGUGGAUUUGGUCUUAAUUUCCUUCAAAAGCUUGAAUUUUGUCAAAAGUAUGCAGACACAUUGGAAAAAGAAUCAGUAAUAAUUUGCCCAGCACACUAAUAAUUACCAGCAGUUAAUGAACAAUAUUCAAUUACUGGCCAAAUAGUUUCCAGUUUGAUUAUUUCAGGUUUCAGUGUGACUAAUCGUUUUGCUAUUUUCUAAAACUAAUUUAGAAGUUAGAACCAACAGUGGCUAAAAAGACUCUGUAGCACCAUUCUGUGAUUACAGAGGAGAUGUAUUGUCUUGCCUCCAAGGUUAAUUAACAGUGACAUGAGCUUACCACAAUUCCUGAAAACAUUUUGGAGGCCAAGACACUAACAGAACUACCAUGUAUAAAUUAGUCCUUGAAGGUGAAUCUGCUACUCAGGGAAAAUACAACAGAUUAAAACAGACUGAUAAAAAUAACAGUUUUCUGUGAAAAUAGAUGUGAUGAAAAAUGCAGACUCUCCUGUAUUAGUCCAUGUAACAAGUACUGUGAGUACUGUUCUAUUUUCUGAUUCAAUAUAUUUUUACAUUUUUACAUUGUGUAUUCUUUCAGUGCCAUUACAAAAACCUCUCAGUAAGUGUUAAAAAAAUACCUUCAUGUAAAUUCUCAACCAGGGGUACAGUUUUUCUCCCAAAGGCCAUUUCUCUAGUAUUAUACUGUUUCCUCUGAGAUAAAAAGGUGGUUUGACUCACCCUGCAGUAAAAGUAGAGAAUUAUCAUGCCAGAAUUAAUAUUACUUCAAUUUGUUACAGUUCUGAGUAAAAAACACUUCUAUAUAGGGACAGAUAAUAGCCUAACAAUCUCAGUAUUUUCUCUCUCUUCAUUACAACCAUACAACUGGAAUACAACCAUAUUCCAGUUUUUCUUAUUCUGACGAAUGUCAGACUAAACACAUUGUCACCCUAAAGCACCGCCUUACAGAUUUAAAUCAAGUGGCAGUAAUUAAAGUGAAGCACAGGUAAUUAAGGAGCCAUUCCCUUUGCUACUCGGACUGGAUAAGGUUUCCUUUUUGAUCCAUCAUAAACUUUCUUUUAGGGAUGUGCCAGCCAAAGUCGCAAUAGGAAAAAGUAAGGGCAACUAGAACAUGAUAAAACCUGAGCUGAAGUCCCUCUUCCAUGAAAUAUUUGUUAACCCAACAUGGCACAGUUACCAAUGAAAAUGAUGAUUGGCCUGGUAAGACAAUGCACAGGACUAAGAUGUGUUUCAGGGAUUUAGCUAGGUCUUCUACGUGUCUGAAUGAAUUUUGUAAUCAUUGGGCUAUUAGGAAUAUACAUGAAUAUACAUGUUCCAAACACUGUAUUUCACCUUAUUGGAGAGUCCUGCAGUGCUGUAGGACAGGUUGAGUAUAUUAUGCCUAUCCUUAGGUGAAACUGUGCAGUGAUACCCUCGUAAAUUGGACGGGAAGUAAAAACUGUCCUCACUAAAUGUUGGCCAUGUUAAAAUGCCUUAUGGAAAAUCGGCAGCACUGGAUGCAGCAGGUUUGUUGUUGAUUUGACAAGGACUGUCAGCCUAGAAAAAUGCUGUGCAGCUGUCAUAAGAAGAUUUAAGAUACCUUUUCUAUACUCUGCCAUGAUGCAAUUCUACAAUUCAAGACAAGUGAUGCAGAUGGAACUCUGCAAACUGUGGGGGUAGUGCUGCCUCAAGUGAAGAAAGAUUAAGGGCUCACAAACAACAUAUGCUGUAGUUACAGGCAUGCAUCACACACAGCUUACAAAAUACACCGAGCCUCCAACAAAAACAGGCAGAAUCUACAGCUGGGCACUAAAGUGAUGCUGUUGAAGGCAUACCAAGCGAGAGGUAACAGUUAUAUAUGAGCUAUCUGUGACUUGUUAUUUGUUGUACUAAUUAUGUGUUUGCCAGACAACCGAUGUUUAUGUGAUUGAGAUUCUUUGUCAGGUGUACAAAAGUCAAAAUGAGUAAAACAGAUGCACAGAUUGUCUGGGGGAAAACGAGCCAGUGGAUCAUACACAUAGGGCCUGCUUAUGCACAGAAAGCACCAGAACAGGGUUUGAGCAAACUGCCUUUCAUACUUUUAAAAAACAAACUUUCUCUAGUUUUGGUUUCUUCUAACUGUGUGUGUGCAUGUGUGUUUGAGUGUAAAAUCCUCCUCUACAUUUUUUUAAUAAGAAAUGUGGAAUUUAAAGUUCAAAUGCCUACAAGAAUAUAAAAAUACUUUGGUUUCAGUGUCCUGAAUUAAGGUAUUACCAUUCAAAAGUUUCUACAUCUUCAGCAGCAUUAUGACACCAUUCACUUCCCAUUUAGUUCUUUUAUGCCUUGCACUGCUCCCUCUCAUCUCUCUCUUGAAAAUAUUCUUUCAUAGGAAAUACCUAUUUUUGCCAGCUGAUUUCAAUGUUAUAUGGGUACAGUUCACAAUAUGCAUCACUUGCAUUAAAAAUAGAAAGAUUAGGCAUGGGGAUAGCCAAGUCUUACACUUCCACAUGAGCGGGGAAAAUGGCCUAUAAAAUAUAACCAUGAUCCCUUAAAAUGGGCACCUGCUGAAUCGUACUCAGCUGUGUGCCCAGAUCAGAGAGAGCAGGACUGCUUCAGCAGUCAGAUGCCUGCUUGCAGCAGUUUUUCAAAGCUUGGGAAGAGUGGUUUCCCCCUUCCAUCAAACAGAGGUUCAGGCUUCAAUAUGAGAAAAAUCUUUUUCCAAUUGGUAGAGUGCCUGUGUGGAAAUGAGUGAUCAGGUACCUUUUUACCCCACAAACCACCCACAAGACAGACUUCCAUUGGUAACAGCAAACUAAAUUUGGAAUCUGCUUUUUUUCCUUUUUUUUUCUUUUUUCUUUUUUCUUUUUUUACUAUGUUCUCCAUUAUUGUUGUGCAAAGCACUGGAUAUCACAGAUGGUAACUAUGCUAGAUAAAUAAAGCUACUGAAGUAAACAUGAAUAAAAUAUACUAAUCUGGAUUUCUGUACUGACUGGAUACAAUGAGCCAGAAAAUACAGAACCUGUUGUCUUCUUAGGGUCCUUUAUCCAUGACUCCUUUUAAUCAAAUAAGAAUAGGGUACAGUUGUAUUUGCUUGUUUCUAUCCUGAUCAUCUGUGUGUUAUAAUCAGAGGGAAUAGGAUUAUAUUACCUCACUUUAAUACUAAACCCCAGAAUAUUUAUUUCACAUAAAGGUAACUUUCCUUCCAGUCACCCACUAUCUUUGAUUUUCUCUGCCUAUAAAUUCUGUGUAUGAUUUUGUUGGUGGUGGUGUAUUUUUUUCAUUUAUUAAUGAAUUAUGGGUUUUCUCUUUUAUGGAAUAAAUAGUUUUGAUUUUAAAUUGAUCUUUCCUGAUCUGAGGACAGUAAAAGCUAAAACAUAUGCUAUGGUUUGAAAAAAUAAAUAUAUUUUGUAUCUCUGCUG